GACUUCUUUAGUUCAAUCUAUGCCGACGAAGGGAACGGUGCAAAUUUUAUAUCUCUUAUUUCUUUUAAACACUCAUAAGUAAUUAUCAAAACUUUCAGGUAUUUUUAAUUCUUUAGUUUGCACUUACACGAUUGGGCACUUUAAACGUACGUAAAAAUCGACAUGGCGACAAAAGUUAACGAGCAUGAUUGUGCCAUGAUAAAGCAAGACGGUCAAGCGAACGAUAAGGAUAGUUUCUCCGGAACAAAGGUCAAACGCAAAUCCAGAUCCGCUAGAAGACGUUUAAAUGCUAUGAUGAGCAAUGCAUCGUUUCACUUCUCCGACACGGAUUCUGAGGGCGAAUUGACAAUGAUCACCAACAAGAUCGGCAAGCUUAAUCCUGCAGAAGCAAACAGUCCGUUGAUCUCCGUAACUGAUGCAGAGAGCAUCGAGCCUAAAUCAAAGAACAAAGAUAAUUUAGACUAUCUUAUAGCCGACGGUGAGGCUAGAUCUCGAUCAAGACGCAGUAGUUUCGUGGAGAAUCUCACUGACGUUGACGAGAUAUAUAGCGACCCGGAAAUCGAUGAAAAGGCUACCAAGCAUAAUUUGAAAGCGGUCGAUAACGGAUAUCAAGGGGAAACAGAUUUAGAGGACAUAGAGGGUGAUGACGAUAUUCAACCAACGAUUUAUGUCGAGCCGAGAUCAGACAUUUUCGCCGAAUUUGGCGGCGAGAUGAUCACGACUAAGGAAGGUGAUGGACCAUUCUCUGUGGAAGUGCGAAACCGAUUGUCGCGCGAGCAGAUCUCCAUCGAUAAGAAGGAUAUACAGACAAUACCGGAUAUGCCGAACACCGACAGCGAGGACAUGGAGGCAUCCGACGAUGAAAUUAAAUUGGACGAGGCAGCAGCUUACAGUUCUGUGUAUCAGGACUUUGACGUUUUAGCUGCCUCGCAAAUUGUUAUGACUAAUAAAGUAGAGAACACUCUGCACGUGCCGGAUGCAAUUGACGAAGCUAUCAGCGAUUGUCAUACCGAUGUUGAAGAUGUCGAUUAAAUUAAAUAGAAUUAAAAAGAACGAAGUAAAUGUAGUAAAAAAAAAAAAACACGGUAAGUGUUUUAGAAUAACGCAGUCAAGCUUGAUCGCCUUGACAUAUGUUAUCAAGUUUAUAAUUGUGAGGAACAAAAGAAGAUUUUAGCCGUAGCUCGUUCAUUAAAAAGUUAUUGACCAAAAGAAUUUGCAAAAUAGGACGUAAUUCUUUAAAUGUGUCCAAAAAUUACAUGCUAUUUUGCAAACUUUUUCAGUUAACAACUGUUUGAUAAACGAGCGAUGGCUAAAAUCUUUUUGUUAUUCAGGACUAUAGCUUUUUACAUGUGUCAAGGUCAAAACGAUCGACUCUGAUUGCAUUAUUCCAAACAUUUACCAAAAACACUAUUUACACCAUAUAAAAUAUAUGUGAUCCUUAAAAAGGUUCGAUUAAUUUCUCAAAUAGCAAGAGUUAACAACAAUACUAUUAACAAGAUGAUAAGAUAUCGUCAUUAUAAAAAUAAUGAAUAAAAUAUUGUAAGAUGCUAUCAAUAUAAUUGACUAAAAUAAUUGAAGAUGUUAAUCGGAUUUGAAUCUAUUUACUUACUUUUAACCAUUGCAAUGAGAUAGAAGUUGUAUAACAUCUUAUAUAAAUGCUAUAAGUCCUAAUUCAAUCAGAAAGUCUUAACUCAAAGAUAAUUUAGAAUUUUAAAUUACAGUAAUAUCUCAAGCUUAUCUAUAAAAUUGAUAAAAAAAGUUUAGCUACGAAAAAUUUCUGAACAAGAGUUAUAUAUUGAAUAUUAUGAUUCUUCAAAAUUCGUCUAAAUUAUCCAAAGUGUAGUUUUAUUCUUUGCACAGAAAAUAUUUAUUUCACAAAAUCAUGAAAAAUAAAAAAUGGCGGAAUAAGUAUAUGUAAUGCAAAAAUAAUUUUGGACAAUUUGUAUAUCGUAUGUUUGUCGCAGACUCUUUCAUUUUUCUUUUUGCACCGUGCCUAAGAUUUAUUAAAUAAAUUUUUAAUGGGGCAAAAGUAACAAAAAA